GCCCGGCGCACUCUCACACAGACCAACAGUCUCCGCCCUGAAUCUACUCCUUUACGCACACACUGGUACAGUCAUCAUGUCUGCUGGAGGAGAGAAAUCCAAGUCUGCUUCCCAGACUGAUGGGAAGGCAGCUCAGAACAAGAUGUCUGAGAUGGGCAUGAUGUCCUACAAGAUGUGUGUGUACGACCAGGAGAACUUCCAGGGCCGCUGCAUGGAGAUCACUAACGAGUGCAUGAACGUGUGUGACAUGGGAAUGGACAGGGUGCGCUCCCUGCGCGUCGACUGUGGGCCAUUUGUGGGCUUCGAGCAGAUGAACUUCUGUGGUGAAAUGUUCAUCCUGGAGAAGGGAGAGUACCCCCGCUGGGACUCCUGGAGCAACUGCCAGAAGAACGACUACCUGCUCUCCUUCAGGCCUGUGCGCAUGGAUCCUGAGAAGCACAAGAUCUGCCUGUAUGAGGUUGGAGAGUUCAAGGGUCGCAAGAUGGAGAUCAUGGACGACGACGUCCCCAGCCUGUUCUCCUACGGUUUCACCGACAGGGUCGGCAGCAUCAUGGUCAGCUGUGGAACCUGGGUGGGCUACCAGUUCCCUGGCUACCGUGGCAGCCAGUAUCUGCUCGAGAAGGGCGAAUACAGGCAUUUCAACGAGUACGGUGCUCGCUGCCCCCAGAUGCAGUCCAUGAGGCGCAUUCGCGACAUGCAGUGGCACCCACACGGCUGCUACACCAUGUCCGCCAAGUGAAACCCGGCGAGGGCGAGGAAGAGAGGGAUCGGAGGAGAGCCGGAGUCCGAGGGCGGGCACAGGGAUGGAGCUGUAGGUGGAGGAGGGAGGGCAAAGAAAGAGAGGAGGAAGGAGAGGGUUUAAUAUUUUCUCUCCUACCCCAAAAUCUCUAGGUGAUUCGAAUUCAGGACUCCAGUGGGUUAUUAUAAUUAGUUUCGAUCUAGUGACCAAUGAAAAGUUAGACAAAGUUAAGGAGGAUGAUUACACAAACCACUUAGGCCCCAUCUGAUAAUUAACUCUCUCCAUAUUUGUUCUUCCUCUCUCACUGUUUCUGUUCGUCAGCUCCCUGCUCCUCAUGUUCCUCACGUUCCUCUUUCUCUCCUCCCCUCCCUGCCUCUCUCCCCCUCAUCUACUUCACCACCGUUAGCCCUCACGCAAAGGGCCGAUUGAGGGUGGUACCAGUGUGGCUUCGUGUUUGUCUGUGUGACGGGGGGAACUGAAGGCAGAGAAAAUGCCACAGUAGGAACAAUGGUGGCCGAUUCUUUGUGCUCAGAUCCUGCAGACACAUCAAACCCUAAACCCCAAUAAAGCAUCUCAUACCCUG